UCUUCUUCCAUGUGAAUAGAAUACCAUUAUAAAUACGAAAUUGCUCGCAUAAACCAUCAAAAGCCAAAAGGUUUGCUGUCUUGGAAUUGGGUUAUCAUCGCCUCCAAGGAUUUUGUUCCGCUUCUGAGUACAAUUCCAAAGCCAUUGAUAGAAAUCUUUUCGUUUUUUUAUGGUUUGGCUUGUAGACGUUACUUUUAUGAGAUGAGAACGAUGAAGGCUGCCGCUAAGUUAUUGUUGUUCGUUCUUUGCAUUCUAGCGGUCUCUCUGGCAGUGAUUGCUGGGAGUCCGCCAACUUGCCCUGCUGGUUUAAGCAGUGGAUGUGGUGAAUGGGAAGGGGAAUUCUUUCCUGGAAUUCCCAAAAUUAAGUAUGAGGGCCCUUCAAGCAAGAGCCCACUUGCAUAUAAGUGGUAUAAUGCGGAAGAGGAGAUUCUUGGGAAGAAGAUGAAGGACUGGUUCAGAUUUAGUGUUGCUUUCUGGCACACAUUCCGAGGAACUGGAGGUGACCCAUUUGGCGCACCAACAAAGAUGUGGCCAUGGGAAGACGGUACCAAUUCAUUGGAUAUGGCCAAGAGGAGGAUGAGAGCAAAUUUUGAGUUCAUAGACAAGCUUGGAGUAGAUUUCUGGUGCUUUCAUGAUCGGGAUGUUGCUCCAGAUGGUAAAACACUUGAGGAAGCCAAUUCUAAUUUGGAUGAAGUGGUUGCCCUUGCUAAGGAGCUGCAGGGGACAAAAAUCCGUCCAUUGUGGGGUACAGCUCAGUUGUUCAUGCAUCCUCGCUUCAUGCAUGGUGCUGCUACUAGCUCUGAGUUAGGUGUAUAUGCAUAUUCGGCAGCUCAGGUCAAGAAAGCUAUGGAGGUCACACAUUAUCUAGGGGGAGAAAAUUACGUCUUUUGGGGUGGUCGGGAGGGUUACCAGACUCUCCUAAACACAGAUAUGGAAAGAGAGCUUAACCAUUUGGCAAGGUUUCUUCAAGCUUCUGUAGCAUAUAAGAAGAAGAUUGGAUUCAAUGGCACAUUACUUAUUGAACCCAAGCCGCAAGAACCUACCAAGCACCAGUAUGAUUGGGAUGCGGCAACCACAGCUAAUUUCUUGCGAAAAUAUGGCCUUAUAGGGGACUUCAAACUCAACAUUGAAUGCAACCAUGCUACCUUAUCUGGUCACAGCUGUCACCAUGAGAUUGAAACUGCCAGAAUCAAUGGUUUACUCGGAAAUAUUGAUGCCAACUCUGGCGAUCCUCAGACUGGGUGGGAUACGGAUCAGUUCAUGACAGAUAUAAUGGAAGCAACUAUGGUUAUGCUGAGCGUUGUGAAAAAUGGAGGCAUAGCACCUGGAGGAUUCAAUUUUGAUGCCAAACUGCGAAGGGAAAGCACGGACGUGGAGGACUUGUUCAUUGCUCAUAUUAUUGGAAUGGAUACCAUGGCCCGUGGACUGCGGAAUGCUGCGAAGCUGAUUGAGGAUGGUUCCUUGGCUGAACUCGUUCGGAAGAGAUAUCAAAGUUUUGAUACAGAACUUGGUGCUUCAGUGGAGGCUGGGAAGGCGGAUUUUGAACUGCUGGAGAAGAAAGCCAUGGAAUGGGGAGAACUUAAGGUUCCCUCUGGGAAACAGGAACUUGCUGAGAUGAUUCUCCAAUCUGUGCUGUAGAUGAUGAAGCCUACUUGUUUUAUCAUCCUCCUUUCUUUAGAAAUAAUCAAAUGAUGUACUAUGGUAGGUAGUGUAGUGUUUUUCAAUAAUAAUAGGAGCAACAUGUACGGUAGCUGGAAACUGCUUAGCUUAGAUCUCCUCUCCGGAUAUACUGUGACUAGCUCUGGUUCAUAAUUAUUCUCUCUCUCUCUCGUUAAUAUUAUUAUUCGUGAUAAAAAAGUAGAGAAUAAUUUUGCAUAA